UGCACGAGCUACCAGCAGCCUACAAGCUAUGCCAGGACACUAAGCCACGCCUUUAGAGGCUUAAUUACUUUUAUAGCAUAUAAGCUCAUAUUCAAGCCAGGGCGGAUGCAGGUGAACCUACCAAACAGGCACAAUAUAGUAAACCCAGUGUAUGGUAGGCUGCGGAAAGGAAGCCGAUUCGGCAGAGAAGGCUGGGAACAGAAAUAUGAAGGUGUCCACAUGCAUCAUGGGAAAGUUCGCCCUGAUCCUCGUUUUCUUCAACAGUUCCCUCAUCCUAUUUUAUCUCGUGAUGUACAGCACGGGACGGGCGGACACGAGAAUGAAUAACUUCCGGCUUUCGCAGAUCCUCGAUAAUCAGGGCUCACAUCAAUAUGACGUCAUGCCAUCUAGAGACAACCGCCAAGAGACCUUUGAUGUACAAAUUGGCAGACGGCACAUUAACGGAGUAUUUGAGAAUGUCAAUGGGAGUUUUGAUGAUUUUGGACAAAGAUCAAUGAAACACGAUGGCACUGAGAAUCCCAAAACAAAGACUGCGUUAAACAAAAACAAGUUCCUGGUCUAUCUGUGUAAUAAACAAAAGCUUUGUGGAGGAUGGGGAGUCCGACAGGCAGGGAUUAUAAGUACAUUUCUCCUGGCAAAUCUAACCAACAGGAUGUUUAAAGUGUCCAUGACAUCACCAUGUAAACUGCAGCACUUCCUAAUCCCAAAUCAGUUGAACUGGGUACCUGAUAUUGAAGAACUUCGAGGAAAGUCUUUGUCAGUCAUCAAUGAUGUUCAUAAUUCAUCAGUUUUGGAUGUUUUGAGGUGGAAAAAUUUCAAUAUGUAUUAUUCUCAGGAUAUUGUAUUCGUCAGGGCAACAAUGGACUUUACAGGCAUCCUUACACAGAAUCCGGUUUAUAUCAAACAAGUAUCCCAAAUAACAACACAAACACAAUCCGCGACAUUCAAGGACAACUGGGAUAUGUUGAUGGCACCUUCAAUACAAACACAGACAGUAUUACAAGAUAUACUUGCUCUCAACAAUCGUUCUGUAACUAGAUACGAAGACCUCAUAUGUGCACAUGUAAAACUUGGAUCUGACCCUCGCACUGAAAAUGUUCAGAAUAUACUGCGGAUUUUACAACAGUGGACAGGGAUGAAUCCAAAGGUAUUCAUCGCUACUGAUUCUGACUACUUUCGAAGCAUAUCUCGGAGUAGUUUCGGAGAUAAAAUAAUGGAUUCAGGCGGGACUGUAUUGAACAUUGACACGGAUAGAGGCACAAUCGAUUCAUGCCUUGGAUUACGUACUGUCAUUUUAGAUCAGAUGAUUCUGUCACGGUGCAGGCUGCUUGCACUUUCCUAUAGUGGCGUUGGAAGGAACACAGCUUUCCUAAGAGGCACAAAUAAAAAUGUUCUCAUUUUCGUCAAUGGUCAUUUAAAACAUUUCACAAAUAAUAACGAUGUGAUGUGACUCCCGUUCUUACCGUUUGUAAUAGUAAAUGGAAACCGGUUUUUUUCUGAGAGUCUCAAGAAAGAACACAUCGUCAGUGGGUAUUGAAACAUUUCACGGAUGUGAAGUGACAUAAUGGCUUGUUUUUGCAAUAGGCGAGUACAGUAACUCAAUAUUAAUCUUUUGUAUGUCUUUCAGGAUGCUACCGCUAUAGCAGGUCUCUGUUCUCAAACCCCUGGCAUACAGUGGAAUCUGUAAAGAUGCAUGAUUGAGACUGGUUACUCUCUGUCGUUGACAUUUAUAUUAUGUAAAUAUGAAUGUCGUUUCCUUUACGACCCGCGAAUGGGAGUUUUAACUUUAAUGUUUCUUUUGUUAUUUAAAGUAACACAGGUCAUGUAAAGAAUAUAAGAAAGUAAUAUAGCUCUCAGAAGGCAUGGCCUUGUUUCAGAAUUCCAGGUGUUAAAGAUUCAUCGAUUUUAGGAAAUUUCAUUUGUAACCGAAUAAUCCAUUUCAAUCCCCCAAAAUAGAAACACAUAAUUUUAUCUCCUUUUACUGUGUUAUCAGGAACAUAACAUGUUUGGUAAAUGUUGAAGCAUUUGUAACCUAUGCUACCCCAUAGCUCUCCGGUGUGCAUAAAACAUACAUAUAUGUAUAAUAUUUGAUCUCAAUUCCACGAUAGUGUCAUACUGCUGCCUAGCCUCUCUUAAACAGUGGUGUCCAAUUGACUUGCCAUUAUGUGUUUGUGACGGUGCUACCGAUGAUCACGAUACGCUCACCUGGUAUUGAGAAGGGUUUUUUUGGUCUCAUUUAUUAUGUGUUUGUGACGGUGCUACCGAUGAUCACGAUACGCUCACCUGGUAUUGAGGGUUUUUUUGGUCUCAUUUAUUAUGUGUUUGUGACGGUGCUACCGAUGAUCACGAUACGCUCACCUGUUGUGUUUUUUUUGUCUCAUUAGACACUGACUAUACGAUAUGAUAUAACGUGACGAGCACAAGCUGUGAAACAAACUACGCAUUUUGGUUAAUGCUUUGUCAUUUAAAGCAUUGCAGUUCUUCUAAUUGAAUCGGGAAAUUAGGUAAAAUGUAUAGUAUAGAGGUAACCCUAUUAUGGACAGACUAAUGUCUUCCCGUUAUAUAUAUGGAAUGUCAAUAGAAUGUACAAAAAAUACGCAUACUCUUGGGGUUUGGUUACGCUGUAGGAAGUAACCAUUAUUGGUGACUUCAGUUGCUUUGGAGCACACACAAUGGAUUUUCAUAUAUGUAUAUAUAUAUAUGUCUUGCAUUUUGGAUGAAUGAUACAUGUUUUGUGUAGCUAUUGUACAAUGUGGUAUUUUAUCUUUUACAACUUUCAAGAAUAAACUUUUCUUCA